AAAUGCAGAAAGCGGCGCCGCGGCCCAUCAUCAAACGGAGUUAUCUCAACUUGGAUGCAAUUUUCGGCCAUGUCUUCUCAAAUUUGACAGGAGAGCCAGUGACUCCAACAAAAAUUGCAACGUUCUACCUUCUUCGCAUUCUUUUUCAAACACACUUUGGAUUCCGUCACAAACGUGCUUACUACAAACCAUUUAGCCCCGCCGAAAAAGAACGAAUCUUCCAUUGGCUGUAUGCAUUGAUGACGUCAGUCGUGGAGCUUUCUUAUAAGGACUUCAGAAUUGUCACUCGACUUGCAUUUGAUGACGGCCGUGAAGUUUGUAAAAACUUUUAUGCAGCUAUGGAGAAAAUUGGCGCCGGAAUGGCGGAUGUUACUCUUAACGUUGAAGAUGAGUUCUACACCAACAAGCACCCAAAGGAUCCGAAAUUGCCAGCAAAUGACACUGUACAUGAAGCUAUGGACUUGGCGCGCGGAGACAUUAUCCAGUUUUCUUCCAAUCACUCGUUUAUGUACAGAUGGAUGAAACGACUCCUGGCACAAUACACCAAGUCAACUCCUUCAGAAGUGUUCCAGAUAAAUGCAGCCAUGAAAUCAUGGGUUUUGUCUGCUGUUGAAUCAAAAUAUCAUCCCGAGUUCAAGGGAGAGUAUCUUCCACACUUCAUCGACUGUUCUGUCAGAGCAAGGGAUUGGGUUGCUAAGAGCAUUUACUUCAUUCAGAAGAACCCACGUUUUGCCUUCCAAUAUAACGAGAUGCUUCACUACACCCGGAUCGUACAGAAGCGACACCCGGACGUUGUUGAAGGGUUCCUGCUAGAGGCCAUUGUGCAAGUUCAAUUGAAAGAUAGCUCGUCGGCUAUUAAGGCAAUGAAAUCGUUUUUCGAGUUGUCCAUGUUUGAACUAAAUGAGAACAUGGUGCAUGCCGCAAAAACGCAUCGAUUGGCAGUUCCAACUCAAACCCCGUUGAUGUAUGCACCGAUUCUUCAAGCCAGAAUUUGCAGAAUAUUUGGAGACUACCAAAUGGCUCGUCUCCUGCUCCACGAGAGUCUCCAACAAGCCCAGCUCCGAAAUGAUGAGAUUUGCCAUCAAAUGGCCAACAUCGAAAUGCACACUGUCGACAUAUUGGGAUGCAGGGCGCUGCUUGAGGAUAACAAUGAAAAAACCGCUAAGCACAUUGAAAAUGAACGGCGAGUUCAGAGAAAAGCCUUGCUGCACAUAGACGAUCUUCACGGACAUACGCGAUCCGGGCCUUGCUGUCUAAGUUCUGAAGAAGAUUUUGAGCUUGUCGCAGAGAUGGACUCAUAUGGAAAAAUGCUCAUGUUGAUGAAGAUCAUUGCAGAAGGAAACUAUAAGCUGAUCUACGACAGAGUUGCGGAAACCGGAAUAACGUGUCCAGUCGGUAAUGAUCUUGGAGAACGAGGACGAAAAGUGGCUGCUUAUGGAGCUGCUCUGAUAUCUAGUAACAUGAUUCAUAAUGGAAUGUAUCAUCAAGCAAAGUGCGCCGCAGAAAACAUGCUGGCAAACAAUUGCAGAACCGAUGAAACAGACCCCUUCCAGGCUCCUUUUCAGGCCGAACCUUGGGCAAUUGGUGCGGUAAACCUAUCUUAUUCACAAGCUGGAGUCGGAAACUACGACGCGGCACUAAGAACUAUUGAGGAAAUGCGACAAAAUUAUCCGGAAGAACUUUCUUGGCAGUCCAACCGUCACGUUGUCAUUUGUGCAGCUGUCAUCAACUUUGAAAGAUUCUUAUUGAAAAAUGACUACAAGGCUUGUGCUUCUGAAGUUUUGAAUCUCGCAGCACACUCUGAACUAGAAUGCAAGCUUCGACAAGCUCUUCUCCUCGCCGCAGCCGGAAAAGAACGGGCAAGUGUUGAAGUGUUGGAGGGAUUGAACGUUGUGGACAUUCGUGGAAGAAUUCGAAUUCACAUGCAAACAGGAUGCAUUUACACGGCUAGUCAAGAAUUUAGAAAAGCUGCAAGAGAAUUUGCAGACGCCUUGAGUCUUGCUGAGAACACCACACUGAAGGACAUUGUGCCAAUGGUCAAGAGAAGACAAGCAACUAUGCUGAUGUGCCAUGGUCAGUAUGUCGAAUGUCUGAAACUUUUGAAAGAAUGCAAUGAAGGCAUUGAACAGUUUGGAUCAUUUACCGAGAAGGCGUGCUACUACAUGACAGCGGCCAGAUGUCAUCGAUUGCUAGGGAAAGAUCCGCGGAUGUGGUUGAAAAAAUCCCGUGCCCUGGUCCGCAACGGGCAAUGGCCGGCGUUUACCAAGCUCGUCCUCUCCGAAAUUGCUGCUCUUCAUGACGUCAAAGGACUGAUGCCUGAUGAAAAUCGUCUGUCGCAGAUUUGUGAGCAAUUUGGUAAACUGACUGCUGAUUGUCCCGGCCGAUGCGAAUGGCUCCUCAUCUGAUGAUGUUUCAAACCAAUAUUCUUGUACACACUUUUAAAGUGCUUCAUUAUCCAAUCCCAAAGACCCCCGUCUGUUCUUACAUUCAACGAUCUUGUUUCAAAACUCAAACAGGUUUAUGAGCUUCACAGUGUAUUUUUACGAGUCUUUCUUGCUCUAUUUGAUUUUGAAUUUAUGAACUUUUUGUAAAAAAAUUGCUUUUGAAAAAUUGGAAAAAAAAUUGAAAAGGAAUG